UGCGUCCCAAUUUAUUGUCGGCUUUCAUACUUGUCUUCAGCCCCGCCAUCGAUCCCCGAGCCGCUUGCGACGCUGCCUCAAGACAGAGGCCAACAGGCUUUGCCACCCAGCCGCUGAGUCAAGCCGGGCAGAGAGCUUUGCAGGUGGGAUCAUGUUUCCUCCCUUGCCUGAACCUCUUGAAAGUAACAGUUGUAAUGUAUAGUAACCAAUACUCCUUAGUUAUAGCUGUCGUACUUUACAAUGUCUGCAUUGCUGUAGAAUAUCAAAGAAUAUUACUUAUCAAUUACUUAGCAUUACUAGGCUUACUUAGCGAGUACUCUCCCCUCGUUUGCUCCACUAUAAUCUACAUAAUCUUUGUGUGCAGUAUGCAUAUGAGUAGUCUACACAGAUAUUACGAGUUCACAUUCACUCAUCUGCAUGCAUUGA